UUCUGGCAUCUCUGUGAAUUAAACGCUUUAGUAGCGGGCGUCGGGAUUUUGAUAAAAGUUUACUAUAUUUUCAGCUGCCCAAUAUCGUCUAGAAAAGGCAUAAAAAUGAAGAAAAGUAAACCUGUGCUACAUGAUCCUCUAAUAAUUAAUCGCGUUAAGCAGUAUUUGGAAGAAAACGUAGAUAAGAAGUUUUUGGACGUGAGCGUGAUGACCAGACAGCUGAUGGAGCGUUAUCCGGAUUACACACGUCGUAAACAAGCGCCAUUUCGAGCUCUAGUUGAGCAAGCUUAUCGCGUUGUGUCGCAUAGUUACGGUUUGGAAAGUCAGCCUUCAAGCGGAGAGGAUUCGGAUGGUUCUGAUCUGGAAGUAAUGGAUGAUUCUGUGUCUAGCAAUUUGAUGAAUAAUUUAAUGAAUAAUCUCUAUCAAAAACCCAAGGGAAAUGCUUCAAAGUCAGCAGUGACAAAACAAUCUGCCGGCGAAGCGAUUGAUAUCAGCAGCGAUGACGAUAGUGCAGAUGAUAAUUGUGCCAAUGGCAAGUCAACUGACGGAAAUCUCAAUGCCACUAGUACAACAAAAUCUUACUCCGGUGUUAUACUUACGAAAUCCAAUGUUCCACCGGAAUCAUCUUCCAAGGGAUCGUCUACAUCAGCCACCACAGAUUCCACGGGCGGUAUGUCUGUAACAUCCGGUGCCCAGAAGCGUCACGAGUUUCCGGAGUCAACUGACCAGCAUCAGCAAGAACAACAACAACCAAAUAAAAAGCGUAAGUUGGAGAUGAAUGGAGAAAAGAACGAGAGGUCUUCUCAACCAUACGAGAGGGUUCAUAAUGAGCAUCAGACCCAUCCAUUACGCCAACAAAGUCAGCGUUUCAAUCGCUUAUCCAAUUACAAUCAUCAAAACAGCGAUCCAGCUUCAGUUCCCUUUCCAACUUUGGCCUCUAAUCAAAUAAAUCAACUACGUCAGCGCAAAUUCAAAAAGGAGGUUUCCCUUCGGAAGUCACGCGAAUCUUUCCAAGACAUUGGUGGCAUGGAAAAAACGUUGAAAGAACUUUGUGAAUUAUUAAUGCAUAUAAAAUCACCGGAUAUUUAUUUUGUAUUGGGGUUAAUGCCACCACGUGGCUUACUACUACAUGGACCACCCGGUUGUGGUAAAACUCUGCUUGCACAUGCCAUUGCUGGGCAACUAAAUUUACCUUUGAUUGAGGUCGCUGCUACAGAGCUGAUUGCUGGAGUGUCGGGCGAGUCGGAAGAACGUAUACGUGAUGUAUUUGAGCAGGCGACUAUUUAUGCACCUAGCGUUUUGUUCAUCGAUGAAAUUGAUGCUAUUUCUUCAAAUCGCUCUAUGGCACAAAAAGAUAUGGAACGGAGAAUUGUAUCACAAUUGAUUAGCAGCUUAGAUAAUUUGAAAAUGACAGAAGAUGGUCAAAGUGUUUUGGUAAUAGGCGCAACCACACGACCUGAUGUCCUUGAUCCGGCAUUACGUCGUGUUGGACGUUUCGAUCAUGAGGUUGCUAUAGGCAUUCCAACACGUAAGGAUCGCAAAGAUAUAUUGACAAUAAUUUGUUAUGGUCUCUCAGUGGACUCUAAAUGCGACUUCGAUAAGAUAGCAGAACUGACACCAGGCUAUGUGGGUGCUGAUCUCUUGGCACUAGUUUCACGUGCUGCAACUAUCGCUGUUAAAAGGAAGUGUGCAGAUUGUAUUCGCGCUUUUCAGUUAGAAUCACAGCGCAAUAUAACCAUAGUUGAUUUGGACGAUGAAGCAGAUGAAAGCACGGAUGCUAGCAACAAACAAGCUGAUCAAAACAAAUCUGCCAAAGGUGAAGUUUUAAAUGCUGCACUUUCCAAGUCAGUCGACGGGCAAACAGUAGAUGAAGAGUCAAAUAAGGAACCUAACGGGGCUCUAAAGGAAGCUACAGCAGAUGCCGAGAAAAAUACGGAAAGUAAUUCUAAUGGACCAUCGACGGAGAAAGUAUCAACUUCAGAAAAAAAGGUUACGGAAACAAUGGAUGUUGACGAAGAAGGCGGAGAUGUAUCCAAGGCCGAAGAAAAUGCAAACAAAACUACAAAUGCUCAAAUGGCGGACAGUAGCGAAAAAAUGUCGGAAGUGGUUUCCACCACAGACAACAAAAAAUUAAAGGAUCCUCCAAACACAUCAGCGUCUAAGGCGAACAUAGCAGAAGGACAAAAUAUUCCAGAACCAUCACUUAUAGAGCUUUUGAAUUGGUUAGAUAAUCCACCUACCGAUUUAUCAUAUGCUACGGAAUUCUGCAUAACAUUAGAAGAUUUCUUGGAAGCUGUUAAAGUCGUGCAGCCGUCAUCGAAGCGUGAAGGUUUUAUAACAGUGCCUGACGUGACGUGGGCCGAUAUCGGCUCACUACAGGGCAUACGUGAAGAGCUGCAGCUGGCAGUGCUGGCACCUGUGAAAUUCCCAGAAAAGUUAAUUACAUUAGGUUUGACAGCGCCCUCCGGUAUUCUGCUUUGUGGUCCACCUGGUUGUGGAAAAACAUUACUUGCCAAAGCUGUAGCCAAUGAGGCAGGCAUUAAUUUUAUAUCUGUUAAGGGCCCCGAAUUAAUGAAUAUGUAUGUUGGUGAAAGCGAGCGAGCGGUGCGGGCAUGCUUCCAACGUGCACGCAAUUCGGCGCCGUGUGUAAUCUUCUUCGACGAAUUUGAUUCACUAUGUCCGAAGCGUUCGGAUACAAAUGAAGGCGGUUCGGGAACGCGUGUUGUUAACCAAUUACUUACCGAAAUGGAUGGCGUUGAGGAGCGCAAAGGAGUUUAUAUUUUGGCAGCAAGUAAUCGGCCAGACAUUAUAGAUCCCGCUAUUUUGCGACCCGGCCGUUUAGAUACCAUACUGUAUGUGGGUCUGCCACAGAAAGAAGAACGCGCCGAAAUACUGCAGGCUGUAACAAAGAAUCGUACAAGGCCUGAAUUGGCAGAGGAUGUAGAUUUUACUGCAUUAGCUGAAAGUACAGAUGGCUACACCGGUGCCGAUUUGGCAGGUCUCGUGCGGCAAUCCGCCAUGUUGGCUUUGAAAGAGUCUAUCCACAAUCCAGACUCGACCGAUUUGCGCGUGCGAAAGGAACACUUUGAUCAAGCUCUGAAACUUUUGCGACCUUCAGUUAGCGCGCAGGAUCGUAAAACAUAUGAAAAAUUGCGUUUGAAGUAUGCGGCCCCAAGGAUCCCGACAACCAUGACGGAAAACGCUGAAUAAAUAUAGGCAUACAUUAAAAAAAAAAGUUAGUUAACGAUUGGCAGAUGAUUAUUGUAGUUCCGCAUUUUAUGCAUCUAUAAAAUAUAUGUACAACAGCAUCAGAUCUUUUUUGUUUUCAAGUUACAAAGUGCCGAACUUGAGUAUAAUUUUGUAUUAACAAACUAUUCCGUGAAUUCAAGUUCGAUGUAUUUUGUAAAUCGUUAAAUCAUUCA